AUGUCCACCACCACUGCACAAACUGAACUGGCUUCUGUUUGCAAGAACAUUCAAAGCGCCUUGUCUAAAAUACAGGAAACAUCUGCAAAGAGGCACGACCAAGAGCAGCGGCUGAUCUCAUCAGUGGCAAGCGCGAAGUGUCUAGCUGGCAUUUUUUCAGUGUAUCCUCCAACUAAUGAUGAAGUAGUGCAAGUACUCAAAAGUUCUGGCGAGGAGGAGCAGGUAGAAGUAGAGUGUCUGCAGCGCUAUCGACAGUUUGUGGAAGCGAAAAGAGACUGUUUUACGGCCGUGGAGGCUGAUAUGUGCACUGUAUCAAAGGAGAUCACCAACAUCUUUGGGGCCAACGAAAAAACGGAGGUGCCUACCAAUGGGGAUUAUCGUCUUGGGGUAGAGGAGAAUCAAUGCGAAGCUGAAUUGCUACACUUGUUCCGUCUGUGGCGCACGGUGGUGUGCUUGCAUGAUUUGGUGUUAGCCCCUUUACUUAAAAGGGGCCUUGAUGUUCCCCGAUAUGAGCUUCAGUGCACCAAUGCCGACGAGGAGAGAUCUUAUGCUCGCGAGUUAGCGUUGAGGAAUGCUGUCGCCGAUACACAAGCAAUGCUCUUUGAGGUUCAGAAGCGCUUGAGGGACCUAACUAUGGAAGCGGAGGCACUGCGUAUCACAGCUGAAAGCACGACACUUUUGCGGUUUCAGGAUAGCGCGACUGUGUUGAUUUCGGAUGAAAGGGAUGAGGCUCUCGCCGCGAGCAUAAGGCAAGGGCUUCAUGAAUUGCAGCAAUCCAGCGAGCGUCUGAGAAGAAAAAAGGUUGCUGUUGAUGAGGACGCUGCAAGUCUGAUGGAAAAGGUGAGAAAUCUAAACUCACAAAUAGCUAUAUGUAACUGCUCUAUAGAGGCAUUUUCACAGAACUCUAGAGAAGCUGCAGAUGAUGCGAAUGGUCUAGUGCGCGCAAAAACAGAUGCUCUCCGGACACUGCAUCGAAAAGCACAAGAGUACGCAGCAGAGCAGGAGCUUCUUGAGAGAGAUAUCGGAAACUACGAACAACUGUGCUCGCUGCUCAUGGAGCGGGCAGCAAACGACGAUUCAAAAGUGAAGCUUACUGUAGCAGCUGAGCAAGCAUAUCAUUCGUUACUUUCCGAAGAAAAAAUCCAACAAGAGAAACUCACGCGUGUGCAAUUGUCGAUAGAAAGCCUUGAGAGUGAGGUGCGCGAUGCUUCGACAGAAAGGCAACGAAUUCUAGGCGAAGUGCAGUAUUUGUCGAAGCUCGUUUCCAACGCCACUGUGGUGAAACGGGUGCUGGCCAGGGCAGGCGAAGAAUGUGAUCCUGUGCGUAAAGUCACUGUAAUCGAUGACUAUCUGAGAUUUGUACAAAAAGCUCGUCUGGAAAGACAUGGUUUCUACGAGUAG